UGGUCAAGAUCGGGGCACAAGUGGAGUACACGGGCUAAAAGGGCAAGUCGGCGGGGAAGCAGACGACGGUGGUGACGGACGCGGAGGCCUUGUGGGCCAUGCUCUACGCUGACGACGCGGCCAUCGUCUCGCGCUCGCCGGAGGAUCUCGAGAAGAUGAUAUCGGUCAUCGUGCGCGUGGCCGGCCUGUUCGGACUGAUGGUGUCGGAGCCAAAGACGGAGAUCAUGUGCAUGCUGUCGAAAGGGAUCGAGGAACGCCCGUUCACGGUCAGCGCCGCCGGCCAGACGUACAAGCAGACAGAUCGGUUUGUGUACCUCGGACGUACCAUCUCCGCGGACGGGAAGGCCGACCGGGAGAUCACGAGCCGCAGCUGCCGAGCGUGGAAGUGCUACCGCCGGAACGGUGCUUCGAUGUAGGACAGGCGACGGGCCAACCGCCAGCUCAAGAGCCGGCUACUCCAGGCUGAAGUGGUGGAGACUCUCCUGUAUGAGUGCGCCUCGUGGAGCCUAACAGCGGAGCACUACACGAAGCUCAACGGGACCCAUCGCCAGUUCCUUACACGGUGCAUCGGCUGGAGCAAGCGGGAACGCGCAGACCGCCCCCUGUCCUAUGUCCAGGCCCUCAUACAGGCAGGCUGUGAGGAAACCAUCGAGGCCACCGUGUGCAAACGGACACUGUGUUUCGCG